AUGGCAGACACAAACACCACCGCCGCCGCUCCGGCCCUACACUUCUCAGCAACCUACCAAUCCCCCGCAAACGAACCCUUCACCUUCUCCGAAUCCCUCCCCGCUCCACCAUCCUCCGCGCCCGGCGACAAGUCCGCCUACCUCAACGCCCUGCGCAAGUCCAUCAACGCCGCCCAGGAGCACAUCAACAAGGAACUCACCGCCCGCAUGGAAGAGGACAAGGCCAAGGAGGCCGCAAAGAACGGUGGCACCACCGCAACCAAGUCGGCCGUCGACGAGGCGCUCGAGGAGGAGAAUUACGGCGAGGAGGCACCCCCCUCAGACGACUGA